AUGUUUAACCUAUCGGAUCUAUCACCCCGCCCCAUUCUCCCGCUUUCCAUCACCCCGCCCGACUCUCCCGCUUUCCAUGACCCCGCCCCAUUCUCCCGUUUUACAUCACCCCGGCUGAUUCUCCCGCUUUCCAUCACCCCGCCCCAUUCUCCCUCUUUCCAUCACCCCGCCCCAUUCUCCCGCUUUCCAUCACCCGCCCAAUUUUCCCGCUUUCCAUCACCCGGCCCCAUUCUCCCGCUUUCCAUCACCCGCCCCAUUCUCCCUCUCACCAUCACCCCACCCCAUUCUCCCUCUUUCCAUCACCCCGCCCCAUUCUCCCGCUUUCCAUCACUCCGCCCCAUUCUCCCUCUUUCCAUCACCCGCCCCAUUCUCCCUUUUUCCAUCACCCGCCCCAUACUCCCGCUUUCCAUCACCCCGCCCCAUUCUCCCUUUUUCCAUCACCCGCCCCAUACUCCCGCUUUCCAUCACCCCGCCCCAUUCUCCCGCUUUCCAUCACCCCGCCCCAUUCUCCAUCUUUCCAUCACCCCGCCCCAUUCUCCCUCUUUCCAUCACCCGCCCCAUUCUCCCGCUUUCCAUCACCCCGCCCCAUUCUUCCGCUUUCCAUCACCCUGCCCCAUUCUCCCGCUUUCCAUCACCAUUCUCCCACUUUCCAGCACCCCGCUCGAUUCUCCCGCUUUCCAUCACCCCGCCCCAUUCUCCCGCUUUCCAGCACCCCGCCCCAUUCUCCUGCUUUCCAUCACCCCGCCCAAUUCUCCCACUUUCCAUCACCCCGCCCCAUUCUCCCUCUUUCCAUCACCCCGCCCCAUUCUCCCGCUUUCCAUCACCCCGCCCCCAUUCUCCCUCUUUCCAUCACCCCGCCCCAUUCUCCCGCUUUCCAGCACCCCGCCCCAUUCUCCCUCUUUCCAUAACCCCGCCCCAUUCUCCCGCUUUCCAUCACCCCGCCCCAUUCUCUCGCUUUCCAUCACUCCGCCCGAUUCUCCCGCUUUCCAUCGCCCCGCCCCAUUCUCCCGCUUUCCAUCGCUCCGCCCCAUUCUCCCGCUUUCCAUCACCCCGCCCCAUUCUCCCUCUUUCCAUCACCCCGCCCUAUUCUCCCGCUUUCCAUCACCCCGCCCCAUUCUCCCGCUUUCCAUCACUCCGCCCCAUUCUCCCGCUUUCCAUCACCCCGCCCCAUUCUCCCGCUUUCCAUCGCCCCGCCCCAUUCUCCCGCUUUCCAUCGCUCCGCCCCAUUCUCCCGCUUUCCAUCACCCCGCCACAUUCUCCCUCUUUCCAUCACCCCGCCCCAUUCUCCCGCUUUCCAUCACUCCGCCCCAUUCUCCCACUUUCCAUCACCCUGCCCCAUUCUCCCUCUUUCCAUCACCCCGCCCCAUUCUCCCGCUUUCCAUCACCGCGCCCGAUUCUCCCGCAUUCCAUCACCCCGCCCAAAUCUCCCGCUUUCCAUCACUCCGCCCCAUUCUCCCGCUUUCCAUCACCCCGCCCCAUUCUCCCGCUUUCCAGCACCCCGCCUCAUUCUCCCGCUUUCCAUCACCCCGCCCGAUUCUCCCGCUUUCCAUCACCCUGCCCCAUUCUCCCGCUUUCCAUCACCACGCCCCAUUCUCCCGCUUUCCAGCACCCCGCCCCAUUCUCCCUCUUUCCAUAACCCCACCCCAUUCUCCCGCUUUCCAUCACCCCGCCCCAUUCUCCCGCUUUCCAUCACUCCGCCCGAUUCUCCGACAUUCCAUCGCCCCGCCCCAUUCUCCUGCUUUCCAGCACCCCGCCCCAUUCUCCCGCCCGAUUCUCCCGCUUUCAAUCACCCCGCCCUAUUCUCCCGCUUUCCAUCGCUCCGCCCCAUUCUCCCGCUUUCCAUCACCCCGCCCCAUUCUCCCUCUUUCCAUCACCCCGCACUAUUCUCCCGCUUUCCAUCACCCGCCCCAUUCUCCCGCUUUCCAUCACCCCGCCAUAUUCUUCCGCUUUCCAUCACCCCGCCCAAUUCUCCCUCUUUCCAUCACCCCGCCCCAUUCUCCCUCUUUCCAUCACCCCGCCCCAUUCCCCCCCUUUCCGUCACCCCGCCCCAUUCUCCCUCUUUCCAGCACCCCGCCCGAUUCUCCCGCUUUCAAUCACCCCGCCCUAUUCUCCCGCUUUCCAUCGCUCCGCCCCAUUCUCCCGCUUUCCAUCACCCCGCCCCAUUCUCCCUCUUUCCAUCACCCCGCCCUAUUCUCCCGCUUUCCAUCACCCGCCCCAUUCUCCCGCUUUCCAUCACCCCGCCAUAUUCUCCCGCUUUCCAUCACCCCGCCCAAUUCUCCCUCUUUCCAUCACCCUGCCCUAUUCUCCCUCUUUCCAUCACCCCGCCCCAUUCUCCCCCUUCCCGUCACCCCGCCCCAUUCUCCCUCUUUCCAGCACCCUGCCCGAUUCUCCCGCUUUCAAUCACCCAGCCCUAUUCUCCCGCUUUCCAUCGCUCCGCCCCAUUCUCCCGCUUUCCAUCACCCCGCCCCAUUCUCCCUCUUUCCAUCACCCCGCCCUAUUCUCCCGCUUUCCAUCACCCGCCCCAUUCUCCCGCUUUCCAUCACCCCGCCAUAUUCUCCCGCUUUCCAUCACCCCGCCCAAUUCUCCCUCUUUCCAUCACCCCGCCCCAUUCUCCCUCUUUCCAUCACCCGCCCCAUUCUCCCCCUUUCCGUCACCCCGCCCCAUUCUCCCUCUUUCCAGCACCCCGCCCCAUUCUCCCGCUUUCCAUCACCCCGCCCCAUUCUCCCGCUUUCCAUCACCCCGCCCAAUUCUCCCGCUUUCCAUCACCCCGCCCAAUUCUCCCGCUUUCCAUCACUCCGCCCCAUUCUCCUGUUUUCCAUCACCCAGCCCCAUUCUCCUGCUUUCCAGCACCCCGCCCGAUUCUCCCGCUUUCAAUCACCCUGCCCUAUUCUCCCGCUUUCCAUCGCUCCGCCCCAUUCUCCCGCUUUCCAUCACCCCGCCCCAUUCUCCCUCUUUCCAUCACCCCGCCCCAUUCUCCCGCUUUCCAUCACCCGCCCCAUUCUCCCGCUUUCCAUCACCCCGCCCCAUUCUCCCGCUUUCCAUCACCCCGCCCCAUUCUCCCUCUUUCCAUCACCCCGCCCCAUUCUCCCUCUUUCCAUCACCCCACCUCAUUCUCCCUCUAUCCGUAACCCCGCCCCAUUCUCUCGCUCUCCAUCACCCCGCCCCAUUCUCCCGCUUUCCAUCACUCCACCCGAUUCUCCCGCUUUCCAUCGCCCCGCUCCAUUCUCCCGCCCGAUUCUCCCGCCUUCCAUCACCCCGCCCCAUUUUCCCUCUUUCCAUCACCCCGCCCUAUUCUCCCGCUUUCCGUCACUCGCCCCAUUCUCCCGCUUUCCAUCGCUCCGCCCCAUUCUCCCGCUUUCCAUCACCCCGCCCCAUUCUCCCUCUUUCCAUCACCCUGCCCUAUUCUCCCACUUUCCGUCACUCGCCCCAUUCUCCCGCUUUCCAUCACCCCGCCAUAUUCUCCCGCUUUCCAUCACCCCGCCCCAUUCUCCCUCUUUCCAUCACCCCGCCCCAUUCUCCCUCUUUCCAUCACCCCGCCCCAUUCUCCCUCUUUCCAGCACCCUGCCCUAUUCUCCCGCAUUCCAUCACCCCGCCCCAUUCUCCCACUUUCCAUCACCCUGCCCCAUUCUCCCUCUUUCCAGCACCCUGCCCCAUUCUCCCGCUUUCCAUCACCCCGCCCCAUUCUCCCACUUUCCAUCACCCUGCCCCAUUCUCCCUCUUUCCAUCACCCCGCCCCAUUCUCCCGCUUUCCAUCACCCCGCCCAAUUCUCCCGCUUUCCAUCACUCCGCCCCAUUCUCCCGCUUUCCAUCACCACGCCCCAUUCUCCCGCUUUCCAGCACCCCGCCCCAUUCUCCCGCUUUCCAUCACCCCGCCCGAUUCUCCCGCUUUCCAUCACUACGCCCCAUUCUCCCGCUUUCUAUCACCCAGCCCCAUUCUCCCGCUUUCCAUCACCCCGCCCCAUUCUCCCUCUUUCCAUCACCCCGCCCCAUUCUCCCGCUUUCCAUCACCCGCCCCAUUCUCCCGCUUUCCAUCACCCCGCCCCAUUCUCCCGCUUUCCAUCACCCCGCCCCAUUCUCCCUCUUUCCAUCACCCCGCCCCAUUCUCCCUCUUUCCAUCACCCCACCUCAUUCUCCCUCUAUCCCACCCCGCCCCAUUCUCCCUCUUUCCAUAACCCCGCCCCAUUCUCCCACUUUCCAUCACCCCGCCCCAUUCUCCCGCUUUCCAUCACUCCACCCGAUUCUCCCACUUUCCAUCGCCCCGCCCCAUUAUCCCGCCCGAUUCUCCCGCUUUCCAUCACCCCGCCCCAUUCUCCCGCUUUCCAUCGCUCCGCCCCAUUCUCCCACUUUCCAUCACCCCGCCCCAUUCUCCUGCUUUCCAGCACCCCGCCCCAUUCUCCCGCCCGAUUCUCCCGCUUUCCAUCACCCCGCCCCAUUCUCCCACUUUCCAUCGCUCCGCCCCAUUCUCCCACUUUCCAUCACCCCGCCCCAUUCUCCCGCUUUCCAUCACCCCGCCCCAUUCUCCCGCUUUCCAUCACUCCGCCCGAUUCUCCCACUUUCCAUCGCCCCGCCCCAUUCUCCCGAUUUCAAGCACCCCGCCCCAUUCUCCCGCCCGAUUCUCCUGCUUUCCAUCACUCCGCCCCAUUCUCCCGCUUUCCAUUACCCCGCCCCUUUCUACCGCUUUCCAUCACCCCGCCCCAUUCUCCCGCUUUCCAUCACCCCGCCCCAUUCUCCCACUUUCCAUCACCCUGCCCCAUUCUCCCUCUUUCCAUAACCCCGCCCCAUUCUCCCACUUUCCAUCACCCCGCCCCAUUCUCCCGCUUUCCAUCACUCCACCCGAUUCUCCCACUUUCCAUCGCCCCGCCCCAUUCUCCCACUUUCCAGCACCCCACCCCAUUCUCCCGCCCGAUUCUCCCGCUUUCCAUCACCCCACCCCAUUCUCCCGCUUUCCAUCGCUCCGCCCCAUUCUCCCACUUUCCAUCACCCCGCCCCAUUCUCCCGCUUUCCAUCAACCCGCCCCAUUCUCCCGCUUUCCAUCACUCCGCCCGAUUCUCCCACUUUCCAUCGCCCCGCCCCAUUCUCCUGCUUUCCAGCACCCCGCCCCAUUCUCCCGCCCGAUUCUCCCGCUUUCCAUCACCCCGCCCCAUUCUCCCGCUUUCCAUCGCUCCGCCCCAUUCUCCCACUUUCCAUCACCCCGCCCCAUUCUCCCGCUUUCCAUCACCCCGCCCCAUUCUCCCGCUUUCCAUCACUCCGCCCCAUUCUCCCACUUUCCAUCGCCCCGCCCCAUUCUCCCGAUUUCAAGCACCCCGCCCCAUUCUCCCGCCCGAUUCUCCCGCUUUCCAUCACUCCGCCCCAUUCUCCCGCUUUCCAUUACCCCGCCCCUUUCUACCGCUUUCCAUCACCCCGCCCCAUUCUCCCGCUUUCCAUCACCCCGCCCCAUUCUCCCACUUUCCAUCACCCUGCCCCAUUCUCCCUCUUUCCAUCACCCUGCCCCAUUCUCCCGCUUUCCAUCACCCCGCCCAAUUCUCCCGCUUUCCAUCACCAAGCCCCAUUCUCCCGCUUUCCAUCACCCCGCCCAAUUCUCCCGCUUUCCAUCACUCCGCCCCAUUCUCCCGCUUUCCAUCACCACGCUCCAUUCUCCCGCUUUCCAGCACCCCGCCCCAUUCUCCCGCUUUCCAUCACCCCGCCCGAUUCUCCCGCUUUCUAUCACCCCGCCCCAUUCUCCCGCUUUCCAUCACCCCGCCCCAUUCUCCCGGUUUCCAUCACCCCGCCCCAUUCUCCCUCUUUCCAUCACCCCGCCACAUUCUCCAGCUUUCCAUCACCCUCCCAUUCUCCCGCUUUUCAUCACCCCGCCCCAUUCUCCUGCAUUCCAUCACCCCGCCCCAUUCUCCCUCUUUCCAUCACCCCGCCCCAUUCUCCCUCUUUCCAUCACCGCGCCUCAUUCUCCCUCUAUCCGUAACCCCGCCCCAUUCUCCCGCUUUCCAUCACCCUACCCCAUUCUCCCGCUUUCCAUCACUUGCUCCAUUCUCCCUCUUUCCAUCACCCCGCCCCAUUCUCCCUCUUUCCAUCACCCCGCCCGAUUCUCCCAUUUUCCAUCACCCGCCCCAUUCUCCCUCUUUCCAUCACCCCGUCCGAUUCUCCUGCUUUCCAUCACCCCACCCUAUUCUCCCUCUUUCCAUCACCUCGCCCGAUUCUCCCGCUUUCCAUCACCCCGCCCUAUUCUCCCGCUUUCCAUCACCCCGCCCCAUUCUCCCUCUUUCCAUCACCCUGCCCCAUUCUCCCUCUUUCCAUCACCCCGCCCCAUUCUCCCGCUUUCCAUCACCCCGCCCCAUUCUCUCGCUUUCCAUCACUCCGCCCGAUUCUCCCGCUUUCCAUCGCCCCGCCCCAUUCUCCCGCUUUCCAUCGCUCCGCCCCAUUCUCCCGCUUUCCAUCACCCCGCCCCAUUCUCCCUCUUUCCAUCACCCCGCCCUAUUCUCCCGCUUUCCAUCACCCCGCCCCAUUCUCCUGCUUUCCAUCACUCCGCCCCAUUCUCCCGCUUUCCAUCACCCCGCCCCAUUCUCCCGCUUUCCAUCGCCCCGCCCCAUUCUCCCGCUUUCCAUCGCUCCGCCCCAUUCUCCCGCUUUCCAUCACCCCGCCACAUUCUCCCUCUUUCCAUCACCCCGCCCCAUUCUCCCUCUUUCCAGCACCCCGCCCCAUUCUCCCGCUUUCCAUCACUCCGCCCCAUUCUCCCACUUUCCAUCACCCUGCCCCAUUCUCCCUCUUUCCAUCACCCCGCCCCAUUCUCCCGCUUUCCAUCACCGCGCCCGAUUCUCCCGCAUUCCAUCACCCCGCCCAAAUCUCCCGCUUUCCAUCACUCCGCCCCAUUCUCCCGCUUUCCAUCACCCCGCCCCAUUCUCCCGCUUUCCAGCACCCCGCCUCAUUCUCCCGCUUUCCAUCACCCCGCCCGAUUCUCCCGCUUUCCAUCACCCUGCCCCAUUCUCCCGCUUUCCAUCACCACGCCCCAUUCUCCCGCUUUCCAGCACCCCGCCCCAUUCUCCCUCUUUCCAUAACCCCACCCCAUUCUCCCGCUUUCCAUCACCCCGCCCCAUUCUCCCGCUUUCCAUCACUCCGCCCGAUUCUCCGACAUUCCAUCGCCCCGCCCCAUUCUCCCGCUUUCCAGCACCCCGCCCCAUUCUCCCGCCCGAUUCUCCCGCUUUCAAUCACCCCGCCCUAUUCUCCCGCUUUCCAUCGCUCCGCCCCAUUCUCCCGCUUUCCAUCACCCCGCCCCAUUCUCCCUCUUUCCAUCACCCCGCCCUAUUCUCCCGCUUUCCAUCACCCGCCCCAUUCUCCCGCUUUCCAUCACCCCGCCAUAUUCUCCCGCUUUCCAUCACCCCGCCCAAUUCUCCCUCUUUCCAUCACCCCGCCCCAUUCUCCCUCUUUCCAUCACCCCGCCCCAUUCUCCCCCUUUCCGUCACCCCGCCCCAUUCUCCCUCUUUCCAUCACCCCGCCCCAUUCUCCCUCUUUCCAUCACCCCGCCCCAUUCUCCCCCUUUCCGUCACCCCGCCCCAUUCUCCCUCUUUCCAGCACCCCGCCCAAUUCUCCCGCUUUCAAUCACCCCGCCCUAUUCUCCCGCUUUCCAUCGCUCCGCCCCAUUCUCCCGCUUUCCAUCACCCCGCCCCAUUCUCCCUCUUUCCAUCACCCCGCCCUAUUCUCCCGCUUUCCAUCACCCGCCCCAUUCUCCCGCUUUCCAUCACCCCGCCAUAUUCUCCCGCUUUCCAUCACCCCGCCCAAUUCUCCCUCUUUCCAUCACCCUGCCCUAUUCUCCCUCUUUCCAUCACCCCGCCCCAUUCUCCCCCUUGCCCCCUAUUCUCCCGCUUUCCAUCGCUCCGCCCCAUUCUCCCGCUUUCCAUCACCCCGCCCCAUUCUCCCUCUUUCCAUCACCCCGCCCUAUUCUCCCGCUUUCCAUCACCCGCCCCAUUCUCCCGCUUUCCAUCACCCCGCCAUAUUCUCCCGCUUUCCAUCACCCCGCCCAAUUCUCCCUCUUUCCAUCACCCCGCCCCAUUCUCCCUCUUUCCAUCACCCGCCCCAUUCUCCCCCUUUCCGUCACCCCGCCCCAUUCUCCCUCUUUCCAGCACCCCGCCCCAUUCUCCCGCUUUCCAUCACCCCGCCCCAUUCUCCCGCUUUCCAUCACCCCGCCCAAUUCUCCCGCUUUCCAUCACCCCGCCCAAUUCUCCCGCUUUCCAUCACUCCGCCCCAUUCUCCUGUUUUCCAUCACCCAGCCCCAUUCUCCUGCUUUCCAGCACCCCGCCCGAUUCUCCCGCUUUCAAUCACCCUGCCCUAUUCUCCCGCUUUCCAUCGCUCCGCCCCAUUCUCCCGCUUUCCAUCACCCCGCCCCAUUCUCCCUCUUUCCAUCACCCCGCCCCAUUCUCCCGCUUUCCAUCACCCGCCCCAUUCUCUCGCUUUCCAUCACCCCGCCCCAUUCUCCCGCUUUCCAUCACCCCGCCCCAUUCUCCCUCUUUCCAUCACCCUGCCCCAUUCUCCCUCUUUCCAUCACCCCACCUCAUUCUCCCUCUAUCCGUAACCCCGCCCCAUUCUCUCGCUCUCCAUCACCCCGCCCCAUUCUCCCGCUUUCCAUCACUCCACCCGAUUCUCCCGCUUUCCAUCGCCCCGCUCCAUUCUCCCGCCCGAUUCUCCCGCUUUCCAUCACCCCGCCCCAUUUUCCCUCUUUCCAUCACCCCGCCCUAUUCUCCCGCUUUCCGUCACUCGCCCCAUUCUCCCGCUUUCCAUCGCUCCGCCCCAUUCUCCCGCUUUCCAUCACCCCGCCCCAUUCUCCCUCUUUCCAUCACCCUGCCCUAUUCUCCCACUUUCCGUCACUCGCCCCAUUCUCCCGCUUUCCAUCACCCCGCCAUAUUCUCCCGCUUUCCAUCACCCCGCCCCAUUCUCCCUCUUUCCAUCACCCCGCCCCAUUCUCCCUCUUUCCAUCACCCCGCCCCAUUCUCCCUCUUUCCAGCACCCUGCCCUAUUCUCCCGCAUUCCAUCACCCCGCCCCAUUCUCCCACUUUCCAUCACCCUGCCCCAUUCUCCCUCUUUCCAGCACCCUGCUCCAUUCUCCCGCUUUCCAUCACCCCGCCCCAUUCUCCCACUUUCCAUCACCCUGCCCCAUUCUCCCUCUUUCCAUCACCCUGCCCCAUUCUCCCGCUUUCCAUCACCCCGCCCAAUUCUCCCGCUUUCCAUCACUCCGCCCCAUUCUCCCGCUUUCCAUCACCACGCCCCAUUCUCCCGCUUUCCAGCACCCCGCCCCAUUCUCCCGCUUUCCAUCACCCCGCCCGAUUCUCCCGCUUUCCAUCACUACGCCCCAUUCUCCCGCUUUCUAUCACCCAGCCCCAUUCUCCCGCUUUCCAUCACCCCGCCCCAUUCUCCCGCUUUCCAUCACCCGCCCCAUUCUCUUGCUUUCCAUCACCCCGCCCCAUUCUCCCGCUUUCCAUCACCCCGCCCCAUUCUCCCUCUUUCCAUCACCCCGCCCCAUUCUCCCUCUUUCCAUCACCCCACCUCAUUCUCCCUCUAUCCCACACUGCCCUAUUCUCCCGCAUUCCAUCACCCCGCCCCAUUCUCCCACUUUCCAUCACCCUGCCCCAUUCUCCCUCUUUCCAGCACCCUGCCCCAUUCUCCCGCUUUCCAUCACCCCACCCCAUUCUCCCACUUUCCAUCACCCUGCCCCAUUCUCCCUCUUUCCAUCACCCCGCCCCAUUCUCCCGCUUUCCAUCACCCCGCCCAAUUCUCCCGCUUUCCAUCACUCCGCCCCAUUCUCCCGCUUUCCAUCACCACGCCCCAUUCUCCCGCUUUCCAGCACCCCGCCCCAUUCUCCCGCUUUCCAUCACCCCGCCCGAUUCUCCCGCUUUCCAUCACCCCGCCCCAUUCUCCCGCUUUCCAUCACCACGCCCCAUUCUCCCGCUUUCCAGCACCCCGCCCCAUUCUCCCUCUUUCCAUAACCCCGCCCCAUUCUCCCACUUUCCAUCACCCCGCCCCAUUCUCCCGCUUUCCAUCACUCCACCCGAUUCUCCCACUUUCCAUCGCCCCGCCCCAUUCUCCCGCCCGAUUCUCCCGCUUUCCAUCACCCCGCCCCAUUCUCCCGCUUUCCAUCGCUCCGCCCCAUUCUCCCACUUUCCAUCACCCCGCCCCAUUCUCCCGCUUUCCAUCAACCCGCCCCAUUCUCCCGCUUUCCAUCACUCCGCCCGAUUCUCCCACUUUCCAUCGCCCCGCCCCAUUCUCCUGCUUUCCAGCACCCCGCCCCAUUCUCCCGCCCGAUUCUCCCGCUUUCCAUCACCCCGCCCCAUUCUCCCGCUUUCCAUCGCUCCGCCCCAUUCUCCCACUUUCCAUCACCCCGCCCCAUUCUCCCGCUUUCCAUCACCCCGCCCCAUUCUCCCGCUUUCCAUCACUCCGCCCGAUUCUCCCACUUUCCAUCGCCCCGCCCCAUUCUCCCGAUUUCAAGCACCCCGCCCCAUUCUCCCGCCCGAUUCUCCCGCUUUCCAUCACUCCGCCCCAUUCUCCCGCUUUCCAUUACCCCGCCCCUUUCUACCGCUUUCCAUCACCCCGCCCCAUUCUCCCGCUUUCCAUCACCCCGCCCCAUUCUCCCACUUUCCAUCACCCUGCCCCAUUCUCCCUCUUUCCAUAACCCCGCCCCAUUCUCCCACUUUCCAUCACCCCGCCCCAUUCUCCCGCUUUCCAUCACUCCACCCGAUUCUCCCACUUUCCAUCGCCCCGCCCCAUUCUCCCACUUUCCAGCACCCCACCCCAUUCUCCCGCCCGAUUCUCCCGCUUUCCAUCACCCCGCCCCAUUCUCCCGCUUUCCAUCGCUCCGCCCCAUUCUCCCACUUUCCAUCACCCCGCCCCAUUCUCCCGCUUUCCAUCAACCCGCCCCAUUCUCCCGCUUUCCAUCACUCCGCCCGAUUCUCCCACUUUCCAUCGCCCCGCCCCAUUCUCCUGCUUUCCAGCACCCCGCCCCAUUCUCCCGCCCGAUUCUCCCGCUUUCCAUCACCCCGCCCCAUUCUCCCGCUUUCCAUCGCUCCGCCCCAUUCUCCCACUUUCCAUCACCCCGCCCCAUUCUCCCGCUUUCCAUCACCCCGCCCCAUUCUCCCGCUUUCCAUCACUCCGCCCGAUUCUCCCACUUUCCAUCGCCCCGCCCCAUUCUCCCGAUUUCAAGCACCCCGCCCCAUUCUCCCGCCCGAUUCUCCCGCUUUCCAUCACUCCGCCCCAUUCUCCCGCUUUCCAUUACCCCGCCCCUUUCUACCGCUUUCCAUCACCCCGCCCCAUUCUCCCGCUUUCCAUCACCCCGCCCCAUUCUCCCACUUUCCAUCACCCUGCCCCAUUCUCCCUCUUUCCAUCACCCUGCCCCAUUCUCCCGCUUUCCAUCACCCCGCCCAAUUCUCCCGCUUUCCAUCACCCCGCCCCAUUCUCCCGCUUUCCAUCACCCCGCCCAAUUCUCCCGCUUUCCAUCACUCCGCCCCAUUCUCCCGCUUUCCAUCACCCCGCUCCAUUCUCCCGCUUUCCAGCACCCCGCCCCAUUCUCCCGCUUUCCAUCACCCCGCCCGAUUCUCCCGCUUUCUAUCACCCCGCCCCAUUCUCCCGCUUUCCAUCACCCCGCCCCAUUCUCCCGGUUUCCAUCACCCCGCCCCAUUCUCCCUCUUUCCAUCACCCCGCCACAUUCUCCCGCUUUCCAUCACCCUCCCAUUCUCCCGCUUUUCAUCACCCCGCCCCAUUCUCCUGCAUUCCAUCACCCCGCCCCAUUCUCCCUCUUUCCAUCACCCCGCCCCAUUCUCCCUCUUUCCAUCACCGCGCCUCAUUCUCCCUCUAUCCGUAACCCCGCCCCAUUCUCCCGCUUUCCAUCACCCUACCCCAUUCUCCCGCUUUCCAUCACUUGCUCCAUUCUCCCUCUUUCCAUCACCUCGCCCCAUUCUCCCUCUUUCCAUCACCCCGCCCGAUUCUCCCAUUUUCCAUCACCCGCCCCAUUCUCCCUCUUUCCAUCACCCCGUCCGAUUCUCCUGCUUUCCAUCACCCCACCCCAUUCUCCCUCUUUCCAUCACCUCGCCCGAUUCUCCCGCUUUCCAUCACCCCGCCCUAUUCUCCCGCUUUCCAUCACCCCGCCCCAUUCUCCCUCUUUCCAUCACCCCGCCCCAUUCUCCCUCUUUCCAUCACCCCGCCCCAUUCUCCCGCUUUCCAUCACCCCGCCCCAUUCUCCCUCAUUCCAUCACCCUGCCCCAUUCUCCCUCUUUCCAUCACCCCGCCCCAUUCUCCCUCUUUCCAUCACCCCGCCCUGUUCUCCCGCUUUCCAUCACGCCGCCAAAUUCUCCCUCAUUCCAUCACCCCGCCUCAUUCUCCCUCUUUCCAUCACCCCGCCCCAUUCUCCCUCUUUCCAUCACCCCGCCCCAUUCUCCCGCUUUCCAUCACCCCGCCCCCUUCUCCCUCUUUCCAUAA